CUACUUCCCACCCCGUUCUGUUGCAACCUGCUUUGUAUAAAUACCGAGUCGGGGACCUCUUCAAGUAUCCAGUGCGGAUUGACAAUUCAAGCAUGGCUCAUCUGGUGAUUUUAGUCUUAGCGGCCGUCAUUGCGGGAUCGCAUGCCCAAUUUUACCCCGGGGUCCGACAGCCGUUUCCCUAUACAGUCGCCCACGCACCAGUAGCAGUCGCUCAUGCUCCAGUCGCAGUAGCGCACGCACCAGUCGCAGUCGCUAGGGCCGAGGAGUACGACCCGCAUCCCCAGUACAGCUUCUCUUACAGCGUGAACGACGCCUUGACCGGAGACUCCAAAGGUCAAACCGAAACACGUGACGGAGACGUCGUCCAGGGCAGCUACUCCCUCGUCGAACCCGACGGCUCCAGGAGGGUCGUCGAGUACACAGCAGACCCCGUCAACGGAUUCAACGCUGUCGUACACAAAGAAGGAGCUGUCGCACACGCACCAGUCGCCGUCGCUCAUGCGCCAGUCGGAGUGGCCCAUGGACCUCUAGUUCAUUACUGAUAAUUUACCCAUAGUUAAAAACGUUCCUUGUUACCACUGAAUACAUUUAAUUAUUAAUAUA